AUGUCAAACCCCCAAGGCCCUACCCCAAGCCAGCCCCUGUCCAUCCGGCUGCUCUACGGCUCUGCUCUAUGCGUCCAGUCGGUGGACUGUUUCGCCUUCUACACAAUCUCCCCUCUGCUAUUUCCAAAUCGCUCCGAUUUCGCGCACCCAGCAGCCCGCUUCUUCCUCCGGCAGAAUGCCACCCUGCUACUCCCGUUUAUCCUGAACUGCUGGUUUCUACGCGACUACCACAUUCGACAUACCAAGGUAGGACGAGUCGUUGGCAAGACCUUUGCCUUGUUUCAUGCUUCUGCGUUGGCUAUGUAUUCCUGGAGUCGAUGGGUGGGAGGGGAGUACGCGGUUGAACCGUUUUGGUUGAUUGGGGGGCUGCAUGGGGGUUGGGCUUUGUGGGCGAUUUGGGGACUUGUUUCUGGAUAG